AUGGAGUUUACUCUUAAUGGUUCUGUUCUAUUUACUGCUUCAGUCAAUAACAAAUCAGUUGGUUAUCUUAAUGGUCUUACUAUAAGUAAUGGUACAGAGGAUGAAAGUGCGCAUAUUGGUGGUACAACUCUGCCUCUGAAUCUUGAGCUUUGGCAUAGACGCUUCUUUCACUAUAAUUAUGGUGAUGUUAGCAAGCCUAUGCCUAUUUUCACUCAUAGAGAAAUGGUUGAGGGCUUUAAACUCGAGUCUAGUGCAAAACCAGACCCAGUAUGUGAACCUUGUCUUGGGGGAAAGAUGCAUGCAAAUCCCUUCCCCAGUACUGAGACCCGCGCUUCUGAAGUGUUGGAACUUGUCUUUACGGAUGUACAUGACACUGGUAUCAUCUCACAUGAAGGCUACCGCUAUUGGAUUCCGUUCAUCUGUGAUAAAGCACGCUUUAGAGCAGUAAUACCGAUGAAG